UCUGCUUGUCAGUCCGAAAACGAGCGAGCAAACAUCACAGUGAUGAGACUGGUCGGUCAGGGAGGGUCUCCAUUACCCAUCUCAAGUCCGCUUUACUGACCAGCUGAGUCCGUCUGUCUGCUCACCUGCCUGUCAGCCUGUCUAUCUGUCCGCCUGCCUGUCUGUGGGUGGAGGGACUCCGCUGCAGCUGGAGGAUGCUCUCCUCCUGCCGGGAUUCAGGACUUUCCUCUCCCGUCAUCCGGCCGGGAUGCUGCGGUGUGAACCCGGGGCUUCUCCCCUCCUCUGCCCGCUGAAGUUGGAUCAUCUGCGGGGAUUAAACACUUGUUUUCAUCGCUCCUUCCUCCUCUGUCUCUUCGGCUCUCUCCGGAACUGCCCGAACAUUUCACAGCUGAAAUAAUCCGCUUCUUUUAUUUUUUGAGAUUGUGGAUUAUCACACACCCUGUCCUCCUGCCUCUGGUGGAUUUUACUCACGCACAGAUUUGUGAAUGGGGCUGUGAGCCGCCGCCGCCGCCGCCGCACCUUUUCCUCCUCCACCUUCCGCGCUGCGCGUUACUCGGCGGAGAGAUGCUGUGAGCGCACGGGGGGAUGCAGGAGAACAAAACACCCGUGCUGUAGUAACCAUGGCUGGUACCGAGGUCGAGGAUUAGUGUGAGGAGGGAUUAUAUUUUCCAGGAGCAGAAUCCUGCAUCAGUUGUGUGUGUUCAUUUGCUGUUUUUAGUCUCUUUGUGUUUGUUGGACAGAACUUUCCAGACGCGUCAGGAUCAUUUCUCCAUCUCUGACUGUUUUAUUUCCAGUUGGAAAAGUCAAAUAAAACCAUCUGCACGGUGGCUGCAGGUGGAGGGACCCGGAGAAUAUUCCAGGCUGAGGCAAUAAUUAUGAAUGAGGCUCAGAGCGCGCUCCUUUACAUCUAAGGAGAAACUCUAUCAUAGCUUAUAUUUAAAAAAAAAAAAAAAAAAAGUUCGUCUCAUAUCUUAAUGGACGCUAUUAAGAACCACAAAGCAUAACGGGGGCGUUAUAAACUCCCUGUUUAUAAUUUACAGUGCAAUAAAGACACGACUGGUCCUUGUAGGAACAUUAAAGGAAAUUACACUCAAACCACAGGAGAUAAAAAUACUGAUAAGUGCACCAGAAAGUCUCUGCAGGACCAUAACAGGAACUCCAUCCAGCAGCAACCCUGGGGAUGAAGAUGAUGAUGAUGAUGGCUGGUGGAAAGUAAAGAGCUCUGAGCCGCCUGUUACUCUGAGACAUCUGAUUCACCUGCUGCUGGAUGCUUAACACUACAGAGAUAUGAUCAGGGAUGGAAAAUGACCCGAUCUUAAACCAGAAGCAGUAAGAGUGAACCCGCAGCACCAGCAGCAGCAGCACCGGCAGCGGCGGACACGGUGUCCCGUCAGAUGAGUGAGCAUGUCGGACCGGAGCGCCCCGGGCUGCCGGCUCAGACUGGACUGGGUCUACGGGUACCGGGGCCACCAGUGCCGGAAUAACCUGUACUACACCGCCGGGAAGGAGGUGGUGUACUUCGUGGCCGGGGUGGGCGUGGUUUACAACACCAGAGAGCACAGCCAGAGGUUUUACCUGGGACACAACGAUGACAUCAUCAGCCUGGCGUUGCACCCGGAGCGCUCCCUGGUGGCGACGGGUCAGGUGGGGAAGGAUCCCUAUGUGUGUGUGUGGGACUCCUUCACCGUCCAGACCGUCUCUCUGCUCCGCGACGGACACACACACGGCAUCGCCUGCCUCGCAUUCAGCGCUGACGGACAGCGGUUGGUCUCAGUUGGCCUGGAUGCCAAGAACACAGUGUGUAUCUGGGAGUGGAAGAGAGGGAAGAUCCUGGCUACAGCCACCGGACACUCUGACAGGAUUUUCGACGUCAGCUGGGAUCCGUUUCAACAGAACCGUCUGGUGAGCUGUGGAGUCAAACACAUCAAGUUCUGGUCUCUGUGUGGUAACGCUCUCACUCCAAAGAGGGGGAUUUUUGGGAAGACGGGCGACCUGCAGACCAUCCUUUGUGUUGCAUCGGCCAAAGAUGACAUCACAUACUCCGGGGCGCUAAACGGGGACAUUUACGUCUGGAAGCUUCUCAACCUGAUACGAACAGUUCAGGCUGCACACGGGGCUGGUAUCUUCAGCAUGUACUCCUGUGAGGAGGGUUUUGCCACAGGAGGCAGAGACGGCUGCAUCCGACUGUGGGAUGCCGACUUCAAACCCAUCACCAAGAUCGACCUGCGAGAGGCUGAGCAGGGAUACAAAGGUCUAUCUAUUCGUAGCGUCUGCUGGCGAGCCGACCGGAUCCUGGCGGGAACGCAGGAUAGCGAGAUAUUUGAGGUGAUGGUGAGGGAUCGGGACAAGCCGCUGCUGAUCAUGCAGGGACACAGCGAGGGCGAACUCUGGGCGCUGGACGUUCACCCCAAAAAACCUCUGGCAGUCACUGGCAGCGACGACCGCUCCGUCAGGUUAUGGAGUCUGGUGGAUCACGCCCUCAUCGCUCGCUGUAAUAUGGAGGAGGCGGUGCGGAGCGUGGCGUUCAGCGUGGAUGGAUACCAGCUGGCUCUGGGCAUGAAGGACGGAUCCUUCACUGUGCUGAGAGUCAGAGACAUGACGGAGGUCGUUCACAUCAAAGACAGGAAGGAGGUGAUCCAUGAAAUGAAGUUCUCUCCAGAUGGAGCAUACCUCGCUGUCGGCUCCAACGACGGGCUCGUGGACAUCUACGCUGUCGCCCAGAGAUACAAGAAGGUAGGAGAAUGCAGUAAAUCCACCAGUUUCAUCACUCACCUGGACUGGUCUGCAGACAGCAAAAUCCUGCAGAGCAAUGACGGCGCUGGAGAACGCCUCUUCUACCGAAUGCCAAUGGGGAAGCCAAUCGUCAGUAAGGAGGAGGUGAAGGGUCAGUGCUGGGCAUCCUGGAGUGGCGUCCUAGGCUCAGAGGUCAGCGGCAUCUGGCCUAAAUACUCUAAUCUAACCGAUAUCAACGCUGUGGAUGCCAACCACGCUGCUGCCGUGCUGGUUACCGGAGACGACCUUGGUCUUGUUAAACUCUACCGCUUCCCCUGUCUGAGGAAAGGAGCCAAAUACAAGAAGUACAUUGGUCACUCGGCCCAUGUGACCAAUGUCCGCUGGUCUCAUGACCUGCAGUGGGUGCUGACCACAGGUGGGGCUGACCACGCCCUCUUCCAGUGGAGGUUUCUACCAGAGUCAGUCAUGAAUGGAGGACUCGAUACCAACAUACAAGACAGUCAUGGGGACUCAAACAGUGAGGAGUCAGACAGCGACGUGUCGGAUGUCCCGGAGCUCGACUCCGACAUUGAGCAGGAAACACAGAUCAACUACGACAGACAGGUGUAUAAGGAGGACCUGCCUCAGCUGCGACAGCAGAGCAGAGAGAAGAAACAGCAGGUUGGAUCUCUGAAGAGACAAAAAGGACCAGAUCAAGGCCUCCGGCUGCAGUUUGUGCACGGGUACCGUGGUUACGACUGCAGGAACAACCUGUUCUACACACAGAGCGGGGAGGUGUUGUACCACGUGGCGGCGGUGGGCGUGGUCUACAACCGGCAGCUGCACAGCCAGCGCUUCUACCUUGGCCAUGACGACGACAUACUGAGCCUUAGCAUCCACCCGCUGAAGGACUAUGCUGCUUCAGGACAGGUGGGGAGGGACCCAGCCAUCCAUGUGUGGGACAUCCAGACUCUUAAGUGUCUGUCUUUGCUGAGAGGUUUCCAUCAGAGGGGAGUGUGUGCUCUGGACUUCUCAGCUGAUGGGAAGAGUCUGGUGUCAGUGGGAGUCGACGACGGACAUUCAAUUGUAGUCUGGGACUGGAAGAGAGGAGAGAAACUCGCUACUGCCAGGGGUCAUAAGGAGAAGAUAUUUGUGGUUAAGUGUAACCCCAUGCUGAUGGACAAACUGGUCACUGUGGGAAUCAAGCACAUCCAGUUCUGGCAGCAUGCAGGUGGCGGUCUGACCUUCAGGCGUGGUGUGUUCAGGAGCAUCGGCCGGCCCGAGACCAUGAUGUCGGUGUGUUAUGGCCGCAGCGAGGCGCUGGUGUUCUCCGGAGCCGCCACCGGAGACGUCUACAUCUGGAAGGAAGUGCUGCUGCUGAAAACAGUCAAAGCCCACGAUGGACCAGUGUUUGCCAUGUUCUCCCUCGACAAGGGCUUUGUGACGGGCGGGAAGGACGGCGUUGUGGAGCUGUGGGACGACAUGUUUGACCGCUGUCUGAAGACUUAUGCCAUCAAGAGAGCAGCGCUGUCCCCGGGCUCUAAAGGCCUGCUUCUGGAGGACAACCCGUCCAUCAGGGCCAUCACUCUGGGUCACGGUCACAUCCUGGUGGGAACCAAAAACGGAGAAGUUCUGGAGAUCGACAAGACCGGACCCAUGACGCUGCUGGUGCAGGGUCACAUGGAGGGUGAGGUCUGGGGUCUGGCCCCUCACCCCCUCCUCCCCGUCUGCGCCACCGUCAGUGAUGAUAAAACCCUGCGACUGUGGGAGACGUCAGCCAAUCACCGCAUGGUGGCCGUCCGCAAGCUGAAGAGAGGCGGUCGCUGCUGUGCCUUCUCCCCUGAUGGGAAGGCAUUGGCGGUCGGUCUGAGCGAUGGCGGCGUGCUGGUGGUGAACGCAGACACACUGGAGGAUCUGCUGAGCUUCCACCAUCGCCGCGAUGCCAUCUCUGACGUCCGCUUCACACCAGACUCAGGUAAAUUCCUGGCGGUGGCGUCCCAUGACAGCUUCGUGGACAUCUACAACGUGCUGACCAGUAAGAGAGUGGGGAUCUGUAAAGGAGCGUCCAGUUACAUCACACACAUCGACUGGGACGUUCGAGGUAAACUGCUGCAGGUGAACACAGGAGCCAAAGAGCAACUUUUCUUCGAAGCUCCGAGAGGAAGAAGACAAACCAUCAGGAACUCUGAGCUGGAGCGGGUGGACUGGUCCACCUGGACGUGUGUUCUGGGUUCGAGCUGUGACGGGAUCUGGCCGACACACAGCGACAUCACCGACAUCAAUGCCGCAUCGCUCACCAGAGACCGAACGCUGCUCGCUACCGGAGACGACUUCGGCUUCCUCAAACUGUUCAGCUACCCUGUUCGAGGUCAGUACGCUCGUUUUAAGCGUUACGUGGGCCACAGCGCCCAGGUGACCAAUGUCCGCUGGGCUCAGGAUGACUCCACCCUGCUGACGGUAGGCGGGGCCGACACCGCCCUGAUGAUCUGGGCGAGGGAGCGUGGAGGAGGGGUCAGUGGAGAGGGGGAGGGGCCUCUGUGCCGCGACAACAGACCGGUUGUCGACAGCGAGGAGUCAGACGAUGACAUUGAGGAGGAUGGAGGCUACGACAGUGACGUUGCCCGGGAGAAGACGGUGGAUUACGUCACCAAGAUGUACGCUGUCAGUAUCAGAGAGAUGAGAGGAACCAAACCUCACCAACAACUGAAGGAGGUUUCUGCAGAGGAGAGGCAGGGCAUUGUCAAGGGAUCCAGGCCUCCAGUGAGUCGAGCAGCACCGCAGCCAGAGAAACUCCAGAAGAACAACGUCUCCAAGAAGAAGAGGGUGGUGGAGGACCUGGUUUUGGAUCACGUGUUUGGUUUUCGGGGCUACGAUUGUCGCAACAAUCUGCACUACCUCAACGACGGCACCGACAUCGUUUACCACACUGCAGCCACCGCCAUCGUCCACAGUCUCACCACUGGAACCCAGAGCUUCUACCUGGAACACACUGACGACAUCCUCUCUCUGACUGUCAACCAGCACCCGAAAUACAAAAAUGUCAUCGCCACUGGACAGAUCGGUGACGUCAGUGAACUGCCAGGCACCACUCCCUCCAUCCACGUGUGGGACGCCAUGAGUAAACAGACUCUGUCCAUCCUUCGCUGUCCUCACACUAAGGGCGUCGGCUACGUUAACUUCAGCGCCACGGGGAAGCUGCUGCUGUCUGUCGGAGUGGAACCUGAACACACCAUCAGUGUGUGGCGCUGGCAGGAAGGAUCCAAAGUGUGCAGCAAAGCCGGACACCCGGACCGGAUCUUCGUAGUGGAGUUCCGGCCGGACUCGGACUCCCAGUUUGUGUCGGUGGGAAUUAAACAUGUGAAGUUCUGGACACUGGCCGGCGGUGCUCUGAUGUACAAGAAGGGCGUGGUGGGGACGGUGGAAGACGGCAGGAUGCAGACGAUGCUGUCUGUCGCCUUCGGUGCUAAUAACUUGACGUUCACCGGAGCCAUUAACGGGGACGUGUAUGUGUGGCGGGAUCACUACCUGCUGAGGGUGGUGGCGAAGGCUCACACCGGGCCGGUCUUCACCAUGUACACCACGCUGAGAGACGGACUCAUCGUCACUGGCGGCAAGGAGAGACCGACUAAGGAGGGUGGUGCGGUGAAGCUCUGGGAUCAGGAGAUGAAACGCUGUCGAGCCUUCCAGCUGGAGACGGGGCAGCAGGUGGAGUGUGUCCGAUCCGUCUGCAGAGGCAAGGGUAAGAUCCUGGUGGGGACGAAGGACGGGGAGAUCAUUGAGGUCGGGGAGAAGAAUGCGGCGUCCAACCUGCUGCUGGACAGCCACGCUCGGGGAGGGAUCUGGGGUCUGGCUGCUCAUCCUGUGAAAGAGCUCUGCAUCACCGCCAGCGACGACGCCACCAUCAGGCUGUGGGACCUCGCUGACAAGAAACUGCUGAACAAGGUGUGUGUCGGCCACGCAGCCCGGUGUGUGAGCUACAGUGCAGACGGAGAGAUGUUGGCGGUGGGGAUGAAGAACGGCGAGUUCCUCCUCCUCCUCGCCAACUCGCUGAAGAUGUGGGCGAAGAAGCGAGACCGCAGCGUCGCCAUCCAGGACAUCAGGUUCAGUCCGGACCGGCGGCUGUUGGCGGUCGGUUCGGUGGAGAACACCGUGGAUGUUUACGAUGUCAGUGGAGGACCAAGUCUGAACCGCCUGGUUUACUGCAGUGACAUCUCUGCUUUCAUCCUGCAGCUCGACUUCUCUGCUGACAGCUGUUACAUACAGGUGUCCACAGGAGCUUACAAGCGGCAGGUGUUUGAGGUUCCUUCAGGGAAGUUGGUGAGCGACCAGACCAUUAUUGAUAGAAUCACCUGGGCUACCUGGACCAGCAUUCUGGGCGAUGAAGUUUUGGGGAUUUGGCCACGAAAUGCAGACAAAGCGGAAGUCAACUGUGCGUGUGUGUCCCACGCCGGCCUUAACAUCGUCACCGGUGAUGACUUUGGAUUGGUGAAACUGUUCGACUUCCCCUGCACAGAGAAGUUUGCCAAACACAAGCGCUACCUCGGCCACUCGGCUCAUGUGACCAACAUCCGCUUCUCCCAGGAAGACAAAUACGUGAUCAGCACAGGAGGAGACGACUGCAGUGUGUUUGUGUGGAAAUGCCUGUAAAACACAGAGACUUCGCCGCCUGGUGACGCUUUUAUCCAAAGCGCCUUAACAGCACCACAAGUGGAUCCAGAGGGAAUUGAACCCACAACCUUGAAUCUUUGCUCUGCAACAUUUCUUGAAGAGUUUAGAAACUAAAGGUGGAGGAAGACUCACCGUAACACAAGGUCGACUUCAGCGAUGAGACGUUUAGUUUCUGUUUUCUGGUGUCGACUGCAGCCUGAGACGCUUCACGAUUGAUCACAUGACCUUGAACAGGAACAAAUGAAGACACGUAAAGAACCAGAGGAAUCUUCAGAUGGUUUUUCUUCUUCUGAUUUUGGUCCAUGUGGAUUCACAACUGCCCCGUCAGAAGCCAACCAGGGCUUUGGAACAAAGAUCAUGUGACUCAGUACGACACCACCACCACAGUGAAGCAAAGGUUAAACUUACUCUCAUGUUGUUCUGCUCCAGCACCAUCCCUCUCCUUCUACCCAGAAGGCCUUGCACAGUAUUGUCACUGUAGUCAGUGCGCCUUGAGAUCAUUCAUUGAUCAUGUGACUGAUCUGGAGUCACAGAAAGAGGAAGCGGGUUCAACACAAAGAAAAAUCAGAAACCAUCAGUCCAGGGGGCAGAUACAGAAAACUCUGUGUGCACACAAGACAGAAAUAUGUAUUUGUAUUUGUCACAUGUAUGAAGACUGACUGUUUUUCUCACAUGCACAAGCCUUAUUUCCACCCCUGACAUGUAACAUGCCCUUUAAAGGACAAGUUCACAUUUUAUCACGUCUUUUUUAAAAUAAUAAACAUGACUUUGUGUCUAUUACUGUUGAGAAGUUUGUAAUCUUGCUUAACUAGCUCCAGUCAGAUGUCUGAGAGGACAGUCCUCUAAAAAUACACUUUACAGUACCCACUGAGUCGACUGCAGAGGGCCCAGAGAAAAAAUACAAACUUAAUAUUUAGAGCCCAGUUACACUGUUGUGGUGCAAUAAGGAUCAAGGGUCAAUGACGCCUUUCAAAUUCAACAAAUUUGUUCUCCCCUGACAUACAACACUGUGGAGACAUCGACUAAAUGGAAGUUUGAAUCAUUUAAUUCUUUUUCUUUUAGGGCCAAAAAUGUAGCUAACACAUUUGGAAUCUGUUAAAAUAGUUACUCUUAACAGAAAUAAUAGAAAAACAUUAUUAAUGUGUUAAUACACACUUGCAGGUGCUGACACCACAAAAAACUAAAUAAAAUCCCAAAUUCAGAUUCAGUCACUAUGAAACUAGCCGCCAUAAACACUAGUAGAGGAGGAAGUAUUCAGAUCUUUAACUUCAGUAAAAGUACCAACACCACUGUGUAAAAAUACCCAGCUGACACCGGACAUCAAAAUGAUGUCAGAAAGACUUUGGACGCUUCCGUCGGUCAGACGUUAAAUUUUGUACUAACGUACUAGCUUAAAUGCACUUAGUUACAUUCCACCACUGACAAACACCGAGCUUUAACCCUUUGAAUCCUGCAGCGACAUCACUUGUCUUGUGCUGCUUUCAGACGCCUUUUGCUAGUAUUUGAACAUCUGAACCCUCCCUGAGCAAACUGGUGCGAUUUAUUCAAAAACAUGGGAAAAAAGACAAUGAGUAGCUUGGUAAGAAAUGUCACAUGCAUUGCAAAAAA